UACGGAUACCGGGACGCCUUCGAUGUCGCCGAAGUUGUUCAAAACUACAGCUUGGCGGGCAUCCCCUUGGAGACCAUGUGGACGGACAUUGAUUACAUGGACCGCCGCCGCGUCUUCACCCUCGACCCGGACCGGUUCCCCCUGUCCAAGAUGCGGGAACUCGUCGACCACCUUCACGCCCACGACCAGCACUACGUCGUCAUGGUCGAUCCGGCUGUUGCCUAUCAGAACUACCCGCCUGCCAACCAGGGCCUCGAGGACAACGUGUUCAUGCUGCGGUCCAACGGCUCCGUGUGGAUCGGCGUGGUGUGGCCGGGCGUCACCGUCUUCCCCGACUGGUUCUCGGCCAAUAUUACGCGGUACUGGAACGGCCAGUUCCAGACCUUCUUCGACGCCGACACGGGCCUGGACAUUGACGCCCUGUGGAUCGACAUGAACGAGCCCAGCAACUUCCCGUGCAACUUCCCGUGCGACGACCCCUACAAGGCCGCCAUCGGCUAUCCUCCGGCCCCGCCGCCGGUCCGGGCCCCGCCUCGUCCGCUGCCCGGCUGGCCGUGCGACUUCCAGCCCGGCGGCUGUCCCGGCAAACGCGAGGCCCAGCCCGAGCCUCUGCUGACCGUCGCAGGCAGCGACAGCCCACCCGUUGGCAUUCGCAGCGUCGUCCCCAACAACAGGCCCGGCAGCGGCGAGGGGGACCAAAAGGGGCUUCCCGGCCGCGACCUGCUGUAUCCCAAGUACGCCAUCCACAACAAGGCCGCCUACCAGGACUCGUGGAACGCCGACAAGGGCGGCAUCUCGAACCACACGGUCAACACGGACCUGAUCCACCAAAAUGGCCUGGCCAUGUAUGACACGCACAACCUCUACGGCACCAUGAUGUCGUCGGCCUCCCGCGACGCCAUGGAGGCUCGCCGCCCCGGCCUCCGCCCCCUGGUCAUCACGCGCAGCACCUUUGCCGGCGCUGGCUCCAAGGUCGGCCACUGGCUGGGCGACAACAUGUCGCAGUGGAGCUACUACACCGUGUCGAUCCGGACGAUGCUGGCGUUUACGUCCCUCUUCCAGUUCGGCUUCGUGGGCUCCGACGUGUGCGGCUUCGGCGGCAACACCAACGAGGAGCUGUGCGCGCGGUGGGCGUCGCUGGGCGCCUUCAACACCUUCUACCGCAACCACAACGACUAUGGCAACAUAGGCCAGGAGUUCUACCGCUGGCC